AUGAAGGUGAAACUGUUGAUUGUUCUAUGUAUUCUGAAAUUAUCAUCAUGUGACUUAGAAUACAGUCUCAAAGGUGUGUAUUGGCACAUCUUCACAUGGGAAAAUAUUCGAACUUUAUCACAUUUCAAUACUAACGUAGAUAUCUCACCUCGUAUCGUGGGUGGAUCACCGGCUUAUGAUGGCCAAGCUCCAUACCAGUGCUCCGUACAGAAAAUACGAACCGGCUCUCACUUUUGUGGAUGUGCAAUUAUAUCUGAUCGUUGGGUUGUUACAGCUGGGCAUUGUAUUGUUUUCAGCGCAAAUGAUAUUCAAAUAAGAGUUGGAUCGCACAAGAAGAGUUCGGGUGGUCAAGUCCUUAAGGUGUUAGAAACAAUUAGACACCCGGAGUAUAAAGAAGAUGUACAUUUGACCCGUAAUGAUAUUGGUUUGAUUCGUGUUCAAGGCAGCAUCGAAUUCAAUAAAAAAGUGCAGCCAAUCAAUUAUGAUGGAGCAGAACCAUCACCUGGCACUCAACUAUUAGCUACCGGCUGGGGAAUGCUUAACUUUCCGGGUGAUUCACCAGAAGACCUGCAGCAGCUCAAAAUAAAGGCCAUUUCCUGUGAAGAGUGUCAAAAAACAUGGCCUGGUAUCGAUGCAAGCGUUCUUUGUACAUCAA